AUGAACAAGGUAGAGACGGAAAUCCUUAGCCGAAGCCUUUUCAAACCGCUCGUUUGGAAACGUUACAUAGACGACAUCUUCUUGCUCUGGACUACAAACAGAGACAGAAUAGAACAUUUCAUUGAACAAGCAAACAAUCAUCACCCUACGAUCAAAUUUACGGCUGAAAUUUCCGAUAAGGAAACAACAUUCCUGGACACCUACAUCUACAAAGGGGAAAGGUUCGAAAGAGACGCAAUCCUUGAUGUGCGUACUCAUUUCAAACCAACUGAGACAUUUCAGUAUACCCAUUUUGCUUCCUGUCACCCGCAAGGAGUUAAAAAGGCUUCAUUAAAGGGGAAGCCCUCCGACUCCUCAGAACAAACUCUUCCGAGCUAA